AUGCAGCUUAGGCACUUUGCGACACGGAGUGCCCUGACUCAGGUGCUGAACAUCGUCAGCGGCAAGCCGGUCGCUGCGGGCGAGGUCGCCAGCAGCGCGCAUACCACCAGCUCCGUUGGCCCGGCCAGGGGCUACGCCAAGGCGGCCGGUGCCGUUCUGCCCACCAGCACCACAGGUGCCGACGGCAAAGCAUUGGAUGUGCCAAAGAUCGGGCCACCUGCCGUGGCGGUUGGGCGCGCCAUGGCUGAGGGACGCCCCGCAGUGUCUAUGGCUGGUGGCAAGUUGGUCACCACCAUCAGCAAGAAGUUCCAGAUCGUCUUCGUGACCAGCGAAGUGGCACCGUUCUCGAAGACUGGAGGCCUCGGUGAGGCCAUGGACGGCCUGCCCAUUGCGCUCGCGGCCUUGGGCCACCGCUGCAUGGUCAUCUCUCCCCGCUACGACCAGUACAAGGAGGCCUGGGACACGGGCUACUGGGGCUCCGUGCCCAUGGGCGGCAAGAACGAGUCCGUGCACUUCUUCCACACCUACAAGCAGAAGGUCGACUACGUCUUCGUCGAUCACCCCACCUUCCUGGAGCGCGUCAACGGGCUGACAGGUGCCAAGCUCUACGGCCCGGAGUGGGGUCAGGACUUCGCAGACAAUCAGGCUCGCUUCGCCUACUUCUGCAAGGCCGCCUUGAAGGCCAUUCAGGAGCUUCCCCUGGGCGGCGCCGUGUAUGGCGGCGACUGCAUGGUCGUCUGCAACGACUGGCACUCAGCGCUGGUGCCCAUGCUUAUCCACGCGGAGAAGCCCACAGGCAAGUGGACCAACACGAAGUCCGCUUUCCUCUGCCACAACGCCGUCUUCCAGGGCCGCUUCGUGCGCGAGGAAGGCCUCGCCAGCGUCUUCGGCGUGCCCGAGCGCUACAUCGACAGCAUCACCUUCAAAAUGCCUCUGCGCAUCGGCAAGUACAACGAGAAG